AUGUCCAACAGCAGCUCCAUCAGGCACUUCCUCCUGCUGGCAUUGGCAGACACGCGGCAGCUGCAGCUCCUGCACUUCUGCCUCUUCCUGGGCAUCUCCCUGGCUGCCCUCCUGGCCAACGGCCUCAUCAUCAGCGCCGUAGCCUGCGGCCACCACCUGCACACCCCCAUGUUCUUCUUCCUGCUCAACCUGGCCCUCACUGACCUGGGCUCCAUCUGCACCACUGUCCCCAAAGCCAUGCACAAUUCCCUCUGGCACACCAACAACAUCUCCUACUCUGCAUGUGCUGCUCAGGUGUUUCUCUUUUUCUUCUUUCUUGGAACAGAGUUGUCCCUCCUGACCAUCAUGUGCUACGACCGCUACGUGUCCAUCUGCAAACCCCUGCACUACGGGACCCUCCUGGGCAGCAGAGCUUGUGCCCACAUGGCAGCAGCUGCCUGGGCCAGUGCCUUUCUCAAUGCUCUUCUGCAAACAGCCAAUACAUUUUCCCUGCCCCUGUGCCAUGGCAAUGCCCUGGGCCAGUUCUUCUGUGAAAUCCCCCAGAUCCUCAAACUCUCCUGCUCACACUCCUACCUCAGGGAACUUGGGCUCAUUGCUGUUAGUGCCUGUUUAUCACUGUGUUGUUUUGUGUUCAUUGUUUUCUCCUAUGUGCAGAUCUUCAGGGCUGUGCUGAGGAUUGCCUCUGAACAGGGAAGGCACAAAACCUUUUCCACCUGCCUCCCUCACCUGGCUGUGCUCUCCCUGUUCUUCAGUACUGGCACGUUUGCCUACCUGAAACCUGCUUCCAUCUCCUCCCCAUCCCUGGAUCUGUCCCUGUCAGUUCUGUACUCGGUGGUGCCUCCAGCCCUGAAUCCCCUCAUCUACAGCCUGAGGAACCAGGAGCUCAAGGCUGCAGUGUGGAGAUUGCUGACUCAAGUAUUACAAAAACAUUAA